AGGUUCCGCAAGACGCUCUUUACCGAUACAACAUCUUUUUCGACCGCCGGCCGGCUUAUUCACGUUUGGAACUAUAUAUAUAUAAAUUUACCCUUUUUAAAAAUAUCUAAUCAAGAAGAAUCGAGGUGUAUCGCCAAUAUGUUUGGACCAAGUGUAGCUUUGGCAUCGCUGCUUGCCACUUCGGCAUUCGCAAGCAUGCAUCCUGCGAUGGGAGGAAUGCUGGGUCCGCGAGAGACGUUACUGGAGGCAAGAUUGGGGGACACGAGCAACGAAGAUUCCCUUCAACGGCGACAAAGCAACACCCUAGUGAUAUCAGAAACCGCGCCUACGAAUAUGACCCAGUGGAACACGGAUACCGCAGCAGCUUGCGAGUCGGCACUCUCUCAGCUGAUAGCUGCCUCCAAUCCUUCGGGGACAGCAGUCUGCUACAACCUGCUCAGUCUCGACACCAACACGGGUGCCUUUAUGGCAGAUCUCCGCCUCUUCCAAGUAUCGACGCCGUUCGGGGAUUUCGAAGGUAUCCCUCCGGCGGAUAUCGCCGUGGGACUCCAAUAUAACGGUGCUUCCGUUUCGCCAGUCCAGGGAAAUGAGACUGCCAAUGUCACCAAGCGACAGAGCGCCACGCCUACGCUUCUCCAGAGUUACAUGUUUGUUGGCCAAAUAGACAAGGAUAGAAUGGCUCAGCCUAUGACAAUGGGUGUAUUGGAAAGUUGGGUGAUGCCAGUCGUAACCUUGACAGGAAAGAACGUAGCAGGCAAGUCCGUCAGCACGAACGUCUCUUCCAACGAAGCCGCCUUCGUCAACGGAGUGUUCUCCACUGAAGUCGUCAUGUCGGAUUUCGCGCUUGCCCAAGUAGCCGUCGAGAACGUCACGCAGCAAGUGAAGAACGGGGAAGUUGCCGUCUUCGUGCCCGGAGUCAGCAUCAUGAUCUUCCCCAUCGGUCUCAUCGUGACCAGCAUCUGGACCGUCCUCGGCGUUGGGUUCUACGCGUUCGGCACGUACGAGCGAUACAUGUACCGCGACUCGUUCCGCAGCAGGAAGGCCAGACUGGAGAGCAAGCCCGCCUAUGCGAGGAUAUAAACAGCCAACUACUACAAUCUCAACGAUACGAUGAGAUAAUCGGCCUUGCGUAUAUGGCGUUUAAGAAAGGGAAGCUA